GAGUAGGCCAGAGUACUGUCUGUCAUGCUGUACAGCUACUGUAGAGUAGCAGCGCUUUCAGUGAUGCGAUGUAUCACUGGGAUGCGCGUACUGUACAUAACGGCGUACGAAUGUUUCGCCAACUCCAGCUGCGAGUCAUCAGGCUCCCAACUGACUUGAUCCAGCCGGCUGUUCAAGCUGCCGACAUAGCCCAUCAUGUCCAGAGAUAAAUGGCACCUCUCGAUCGCGGACCAAUAACACACCUCCCUUCGCACCAACUCGAACCCUCGUCCGCAAGAUCCACAGCUGCAGUCGCUGUAGCUGGUGCGUGUAACGUCCGGUCUUGACGCGACGUAUUGUAGAUACUGACCUGAUCUGCAAUCGCACUGUUCAGGACAUGACUCGCGAUGAAUGUUCUGCGUCCCUGCUGUCACUUCCGGAAGACGUCCUUCUGACCCUCCCUCACUACCUUCGAGACAUCGAAGACUUCAUCAACCUCGCUGCAACAUGUCGCCUCCUCCAUAACCUCUCCCUACACACCCUGCCUCGCACCAUCCUCCGGCUCGCCGCCGCGGCAUCGAGGACAUUCUUCCGACCUGACCCGUGCUUCCUCGUAGCUGCAACUGCACGUCAAGUCGGAGAAUGGGCAUCGCGUUCUUCCGAGAACACCGCCGAGCUGCGCGCCGCCUUCCGAAAGGGCAUGGAUGGCCUGCUGGAGCUCGCGCUCGAGCACGCAGGCCUGACGAUGGAGCGUAUCCGCGAACUGUACGAGUUGCGGUUCUCGACAAUCAAUCCCGUGGUAGACCUGAUCGACAGGUGCGUCGGCGUGCAGUGGUAUGCGACGCCCAAUUUCUGGGACGGCGGCGUUGACGACGCAUGGACGCUCAACAUGGACCCGCCCGAGACGUUCUUCCACCUUGCCACCUACGGCGAGCUCUUUGCGCCUGCCUUCGAUACGUUCCUCGACACCGGUGUGGUGCCCGAGGCAAUGGAUGUCGACACGCGACUCGAAUUCGUCAAGUACUGCAUCCCGGACUGGAUGUGCUACAUCCGCCAAAAGGACCUGAGAAAUACAGGCAACAAACCCGACCCGCGCCGGGUUGUUCAGCCUGUCGGACCAUACGAGCCUUUCCUGAACUCCGUAAAGACGUAUCCUGACGGCUUCACGGAGUACACACACCAGCGUGGGCUGGGGCAUCUCAUCGACAGUACGCGGUGGAACCCUUCCUGGGCGGAAGUGCGCGCCGCCGUUGGCGGCGAUUUCGAGGAAGAGUGGAGGCAGGAUCUGUGGAAGGCCGUCGUCAUGUACCAGGGUCUCGAGGGCAUGAAGAUGAUCAGACCGGGAGACUUGGCGCCUUGGAGGGAGCGGUUGGCUGUUUGGAGAGCAAAGAUCGCGGCGUUGACGCUUCGCCCUCGCAAGGUGAGGGUCGGAAGGCAGGAAACGUGCGUGUUUCCAGACCUGAGGGGUGAUGUGGAUAUCGCCUCCGGGUCACUAUAGCGGUGGUACACAGUAGUCGUAUCCAGCUUGAGCCUCAUACGCGCCAUUGAUCGUGAUGAUUCGCUCAACUUUAGCACGCUUGCAGCGGGGUAUUCAAAGUAUCGGGGAUAUUGCCCCGUAUCCUUUCAUUUUCCCACCGAUUUGGUGCA